UCAGGCAAGGGACCCCUCAGGUGUAGAAGGCUCUGACGGGUAAGCAACCUUGGCAGGUGUGCCUGGCACCUGGCCAGUCCCCAGCCUGACUUGAGGGCAGGGUUUGAGGGCAUGAAACCCCCUGGCAACAAGAGUGCCUGACCACCCCCUGGUCCUGCGUCUUAGCGGGACUGGGGUGGCCUGGAAUUGGGCAUGGGGUGUGUGGCUGCAGCUGGCACAGCCACAUGGGGAGGGUCAUCCCCAUCUUCAGGGAACUGGCACAUCUGGCUGGGGAGGCCAGCACAGCUGGUGGGCACUGCAUGGGACAGGCUGGGCAAGGGGACAGCUGUACCCUGCUGAGGGGCUGCCAGCUAUGGACACGGGCAGCAUCUGUGUGCCCUGUCAAGGGAGUCCAGUCAGGGUACCUGGUCGUGAGGUUCGAGGGCCCAAGGAUGGUGCCGGUGUGGCUUGGGGGUACUGCCUUGGGAACGGAGCCUCUGAGGCAGCUCUGCCUUCCUCCCCUGCUGAGGCCAGAGGGCCGAAGCGAGGCCUCACUUAGGCCCUGCAGGCCGAACCGCAUAUGAGAAGGUUGCCCUUCCCCAUGGCAGGUGGGCACAGGUGGGCACUGGAGCAUGUUCCAUAAAGGGAGAGAAGACAGGUCUGAGACCCUGUGGCCUGGGGUAGAUGCUCCCAAAAGGCCUGGCUUUGGCAAGCCCUUAUCCAGGACACUUCUCCUGCUACCGUGUGGCCCCGGGAGGCCCUAAGGAAUCCCUGUUACAACCCAAGUUGUACUCUGACCCCUCACUGAUUUGUAGGUACAGUGGCUCUGGAGAGAAGGCAGCGGGUAGAGGGAAUAAUGUCGGGGCCUGCGGAAGCCCAGGGGUCCCUGGGUGGGAGAAUUUCUCCUUGUUAAGUCACUAAAGGCUAAGAAAUCUAGCCAUGUGGAAUGGUGUCCAGUCCAUCAAGGAAGGGGUAGCCUUCGCAGAGCUGCGAGUCCAGGGGCUCUGGACUGGGGGACCCUCCCAUUCUGAGCCUCAGUUUCUCCAUCUGCGCAGUAGAGGUUGGUCCCAAAUGAUGAAUCAGAAUGAGUCAGAGGAGGGAGGUGGGAGGGGCUUAGUGCCACGUCCCAGUUAGAUUGGCCAGGCCUGGACAGGCCAGCAGCUUCGGGACAGAGGGACAGACGAGAGGCAUCUUGGCUGGGGGAAGCAGUGUGGUGGGAGGACUCAAGGGAGACGGUAUCCAUGGCCAGGGACCUGGCUGGAAGGGAAUUUGGGUGAGCACAGGGUGUGUGCUGCCCUGGCCACGAGAUGUGGAGGGAAGGGUCCAGGGCAGGUCUAGAAGCAGGUUGUUCUGGUGGCUCAGUGAGGCUCAUCCUAAGGCCCAGGGCAAGUUCUCAUUCAGGUGACUGCGGAGUUGAGCCUAAACACCACCACGCCACCCAGUCUGGGCCCACCCACUGCUGCCCGGGCCAUGGAAGGAUGUGAUGGACAGGGCCGAGGUUCUCCCAGGGCCUCCAGCAUGGCGUCGGGGGACCUGAUGGUUUUAUGGCCAUGAGACAAGGUACCUCCCAAACGUAGGAAGUCUGACGCCGCCAGGCUGGCUCUGAGGAGAGCCAGAACUUGGAACCAGCAGGGUUGGUGCAGCCAGGAAGGUGGUCGGUGGAUAGUAAUUACACAUGUGCAGUGUGCUGGGCCCCAUGUAGGGGACUGGGCAGGCUGCCUGUCUGUGCUGCCCGCCUUUUGGGGAGGCCACUGUGUGGAACCAGGGGUGACUGAGUUGGCUCCUAAUCUGGGUAACUGGGUAAUUCGCAGGUGCUGUAUGUGGCCACAGGCCUGGACGCUGAUCUGUCAGACUUUGAGGGCCUCCCCAGGGCUCCAGGGACCCCAGGUGGUAUAGCCUCCAAGACGGGGCCAUCCCAGAGCCUCCGGGCCCGCACUAUUGCUGACCUGGGGACUGGAGGUCUAGAGGAAAAAGAGUCUGGGGCAGGCCCUGGGGGUCUCCUGCCCGCAGGCAUGGUAGACAGGUAACACAGCUGUGUCCUUCCACCCGCACAGCGCCCUGUGUCGGGGGAGCGGCUGGGGGCCAAGCCUGAGGCUGCAGGCAGGGGUGGGAGCAGCCUGGCCCACCAAGCUCUAGCCAAGUGAUGGGGGGCUGCCUGGAUCCCACCAGCCUCCUCGGGCACAGCCAGACCGGGCUGGGGAGAAGUUACAGGCCCUGGGCCUGGAUUUCUUCGCAAGUUCCCACUUCUGCAGCAGCCUCACUGCUGGUGAGGUGAGGGGUCCCCACAGGUGCUGCCCCCGCCCCCCAGUUGCAGUGGCCAGAGGCCGGGCAGAGAGGUUUGUUUUGUUGGUAUGUGUGAGUGAGUAUGUGGGAGACAAUCUCUAGGGCUGAGGAAGUGCUGAAGGGAUGCCUGUGUCCCUGCUGGGGUGACCACCUGGUCCUGCACCCUGAAAACCCCCAGGCCCCUGGUGAACCAGAUGGUUGGUCACCAUGGUCCCUUUUCCUGCCCCUUCCCUUCCCAGGAUGACUCUUCCCUUUUUACAGGGGAAGAGCUGGAGACCCAGAAAAGUUAAGUGACUGACCCAGGAGCUGAUCUUCAGCCUGAAAAGCUCACGAGUGGAGUGUGAGCCCCGCGGGCACCUGGCUGGGACCUGAGCCUGGCCCUCCGCUUCCUUGCCUGAGCUCCGGCUCCUUUCCUGUGAAGCGGCGCGGGGGAUGGGGGGCUGCCUCACGGGUGGGCUGCAGGGUGUAGGGGGGCCCACCGGCCUUGACCCCCUCCUGUGCCCUCUGCCCCCACAGUUGCUGGUUGAGAAGACAACUGACUCACCGGCGGCCGAGUUCUCGCUGGUGGAGGACGUGGCGCUGCACUUCGCCUGCUUGAUGGGCCGCCUGAACGAGCAGCGCCUCUUCCAGCCCGACCUGUGCGACGUGGACCUGGUGCUGGUGCCCCAGCGCAGCGUCUUCCCGGCGCACAAGGGCGUGCUCGCUGCCUACAGCCAGUUCUUCCACUCGCUCUUCACCCAGAACAAGCAGCUGCAGCGUGUGGAGCUGUCCCUGGAGGCGCUGGCGCCUGGUGGCCUGCAGCAGAUCCUCAACUUCAUCUACACGUCCAAGCUGCUGGUCAACGCAGCCAACGUCCACGAAGUGCUCAGUGCCGCCUCCUUGCUGCAGAUGGCCGACAUCGCCGCAUCCUGCCAGGAACUGCUGGACGCCCGCUCCCUAGGCCCACCGGGUCCCGGCACUGUGGCCCUGGCCCAGCCGGCUGCCAGCUGCACCCCAGCUGCACCACCCUACUACUGUGACAUCAAGCAGGAGGCGGACACCCCAGGCCUGCCCAAGAUCUAUGCCCGCGAGGGCCCUGACCCCUACUCAGUGCGCGUUGAGGACGGGGCAGGGACCGCUGGCGGCACAGUGCCUGCCACCAUUGGGCCAGCCCAGCCCUUCUUCAAGGAGGAGAAGGAGGGUGCUGUGGAGGAAGCCGGCAGGCCCCCGGCCAGCUUGUGUAAGCUGGAGGGUGGGGAGGAGUUGGAGGAAGAGCUUGGGGGUUCUGGCACCUACAGCCGCCAGGAGCAGUCCCAGAUCAUUGUGGAGGUGAACCUCAACAACCAGACACUGCACGUGUCCACGGGGCCCGAGGGGAAGCCAGGCCCUGGGACCAGCCCGGCCACCAUGGUGCUGGGCCGGGAGGAUGGGCUGCAGAGACACUCAGAGGAGGAGGAGGAGGAGGAAGAAGAAGAGGAUGAGGAAGAGGAGGGUGGUGGCAGUGGAGGAGAGGAGGAGGAGGAGGAAGAGGGUGGCAGUCAGGGAGAAGAGGAAGAGGAGGAAGAGGAAGGGCACAGUGAGCAGGAGGAGGAGGAAGAAGAGGAGGAGGAGGAAGGGCCCAGUGAGCAGGAUCAAGAGAGCUCUGAGGAGGAGGAAGGGGAGGAGGGGGAAGCUGGCGGCAUGCAGGGGCCACCAGGGCGCCGGGGCAGCCGUGCUGACCCCCCUCCCCACAGUCGCAUGGCCACGCGGUCCCGGGAGAAUGCCCGGCGCCAAGGCACCUCUGAGCCUGAGGAGGCUGGGCCACGUAGUGGGAAGCGACCCAAGCUGUCCCCCAGAGUGGCCUCUGCACCAGCCCGAGGGCCUCCAGCCACUGAUGGGCUGGGGGCCAAGGUGAAGCUGGAGGAGAAGCAGCACCACCCGUGCCAGAAGUGCCCACGAGUUUUCAACAACCGCUGGUACCUGGAGAAACACAUGAAUGUGACCCACAGCCGCAUGCAGAUCUGUGACCAGUGCGGCAAGCGCUUCCUGCUGGAGAGUGAGCUGCUGCUGCACCGGCAGACGGACUGCGAGCGCAACAUCCAGUGUGUGACGUGUGGCAAAGCUUUCAAGAAGCUCUGGUCCCUCCAUGAGCACAACAAGAUUGUGCAUGGUUACGCAGAGAAGAAGUUCUCAUGUGAGAUCUGUGAGAAGAAGUUCUAUACCAUGGCCCAUGUGCGGAAGCACAUGGUUGCCCACACCAAGGACAUGCCCUUCACCUGUGAAACCUGCGGGAAGUCCUUCAAGCGCAGCAUGUCCCUCAAGGUGCACUCACUGCAGCACUCCGGGGAGAAGCCAUUCAGAUGUGAGAACUGCAACGAGCGCUUCCAGUACAAGUACCAGCUGCGGUCACACAUGAGCAUCCACAUUGGCCACAAGCAGUUCAUGUGCCAGUGGUGUGGCAAGGACUUCAACAUGAAGCAGUACUUUGAUGAGCACAUGAAGACCCACACAGGGGAGAAGCCGUACAUCUGCGAGAUCUGCGGCAAGAGCUUCACCAGCCGGCCCAACAUGAAGCGGCACCGGCGCACGCACACCGGCGAGAAGCCGUACCCCUGCGACGUGUGCGGCCAGCGCUUCCGCUUCUCCAACAUGCUCAAGGCCCACAAGGAGAAAUGCUUCCGCGUCAGCCACCCGGGGCCCGGCGACGGCGCGGCCCCCGGCCCCGGCCUGCCCCCCGCCCCGCCGCAGGCGCACGCGCUGGCCCUGCUCCCCGGGCCGCCGCCGACCCUGCCGCCCCCGCCGCCCCUCUUCCCCACCGCGGCCGGCGCUGGCGGCAGGAUGAACGCCACCAACUAGCUGCCCAGCUACACCUGCUGCGACCUGGAGCCCAGGGCCCGCUCCGGGGGGGGACCCGCUGCCCUCGCUCCUCGCUGGGGGGGCAGCAGCUCGGGCCUGGGCCGCCGCCCCCUCCUCCAGAGGUGGCUGGAUGUGCUCCGCCUGAGACCCCGACCCGGGGGGCGCGGGCCGGCAGCCCCCAGAGCCGGUGGAGGACGCCUCACUCGCAAGUGCCCCCCUUUCUGCGACUCCUUGAAGCCUUUACGUUUUGGGGUUUUUUUUGCAAGUGAAGGAAAAAGAAAAGAGAGGAAACUGUUUGCAGCACCCCUCCAGGCGAGGGGGGUGCUGGAGGCGGCAGGUACGGCGGGAGGGAGGGCCCGGGGACAGGUGUAGUGGCCGGUGACGCUGCUGAGGCCGGAGGCGGAGAGGGUUGGUCUGACCCAGCCUGGAGCGGCCUCUGCGGUUUAGCCCCAUGUGCUCGUGCCCCUACUUUGCUCCUUCUUCUUGGAGGGUUUGGGGAGAAGUUGGGGUGCCGCCCCUGUAGAAGAGUUGUGGACCCAGUCCGCGGGCUGUGGACACCCCGCCAGGGCGUGAGACUGGACGCUGGCGGGCGCGGGUGGGGAGCGUUGAGCAGCGGGAACUGCAGACCUGGCUGUGCGCCAAGUAGUGUGGGGGAGGCAGGGGCUGGACCCCAGGGGCUUGCUUUCCCCACCCACAUCCCUGCCGGCAGGCCCGGGGGUCCCCAACCUGCACCAGGCUGCACCGUGGGUCUUGAGUCCUGGCGAUGUCCCCGGAAGCUGCUAGGCCUUGGUGCUGUGGGCCAGGCCCUAGGUGGGCAGACAGGUGCCUCCCUCAGCACCAGCUCCCAGGGGCUGGAGUCAAGGAACCCCUGCAGACAGGCCAGACCCCAGGGGCAGGGGCCAAGGAGGAGGCUUGGACGAGUGUUUGGGGGUUUCAAGGUGCUAUCGGUGGGACAGGGGGCAGGGCUGCCGCUCACAGAGCACCUCCGCCCCUCACCAGCUACCCUGGCAUGUGUUUCACACCAGAAGGAGACGUGAGACGUGUGUGUGUGUGUCCGUCUCUGC